AUACUAAGAUUAUUAAUACUACAAUGGCCAUGUAGUCUGAACGCUAACCAAGUUCUAGUAACGUUCAAUUCCUUCUAUAUAUAUUGUCGGUAACAUAACACCUGUAUAUUUACAUAUAUUCUGUAACCCAAUAACUAUAUAUCACAAUAGCAAUAACGGGCUGAAUUUUCAGCCUUGUAGCCGGGCUGAAAAGACCCCAUAUAAUAAGCCUUAUAGGCUACUUGUAGCUUUGUACCAGUAACUCUCCUUCGAGAUCAAAGUGAAGAUAAAUUGGAAGACCGCGAAUAAAUUAGACGAAUUACGUGAGUAGGAGGAGCUUCGCACGAUACUUCCCAUGUCCCGAGCCCCGAGGAGUCGCAUGCAGAGCCCGGAUAUCCAUACCAUUAAUUAAUGUUGACGAAAUCUCAUUAGCAAAGAAAUCGUUCAAGCAUACGACGUUAUUUCCUGGUAUCCUUAUACAUAUAUGUACAUCAGAUUAUCAGUGUUCAAUUCAUUUCAAUUUCAAUCUCGAAGUAGGGCAGACAAGGCUACUGCCAACUGGUGAAGCUAUAUUUGACCACAGUGUGAUUUGACCGAAGAUAAUUUUCAGGACAAUGGCAACAUCUUUUCUUUUAAGCAAUACUCACCUUUUAAAGGGAGUGAAAACAUUUAAGGAAAGAAUGAAAGAACAAGGCACCAAGGUCAUUCAACAGAGUGAUUAUUUAAAAGAUUUUAUGCUGAAGAUCCAGAAAGAAGGAUUGAAUGCGGCCUAUUUGGAGUACGGCGACUGUCCACCUGGCCCAUCUCCUCCGACAAUAAGCGCAUCCCAGGAAUAUGUUCCACCAAAGGAUGUUGAAUAUGACGUGAUUAUUGUUGGAGCUGGUAUGGCUGGUCUUGCUGCAGCGUAUGAGUUGAAGAGAGCUGGGCUAAAAGUGAAAAUCCUGGAGCAGACUGAUCGUUAUGGUGGAAGAGUUUUCACUUAUGGAAAAGAUGCAGGCCUUGCACCUGGUUUAUUUGGCGAAGCUGGAGCGAUGAGAUUACCUGGUGGUGUGGAUGAACCAAACAAUAGAGCUCAUUUUUUAACGGAUGGAUAUAUCACUGAAUUUAAACUUAGCAUAAAAAAGUUUCCAAACUUUGAUGAAAAUGGCAUUUCCAAUAUUUACGGAUUGAAGGAAAAAACAGCAACCUGGGAAAAAAACCAUUUCGACACUGUUUGGCCAAACUGGAGGAAAGGAAUUAAGACGGGAUGCAAGAAGAAAGGAGAAAAGGACGUCGUUAUUAAAAAUAUUGGUGAUUAUUACGACAGAACAACCAGCGUUGUCACCGACCAAUUGAUUGCCUGGUUGAAUAAAACAACCACAAAUAAAGAAGAAAUCGCAGUUUGGGAUCGCUGGAUCAACAUUUGGAGCCAGUUUACGUUGGAGAGCUUUCUGGAGAGCAAUGCUAAUGUUAUUCGUGCAAAAUUGGAAUGCGAUGGGUGUGAUAAUCUGGAUUCAUUAGACAUUGACAUGCUUGAAAACCUUUUGCCUUGGUCCGACGAUGCAGUUCGUGGCUACUCAGUGUUUUCUUACACACAGCAACUAGAUCAAUCGUUCGUUCAGUAUCUUCGCGAUCAACUGGGACACUGGUGGUCAGCUGAUAUGCACACCUUGGUUGGUGGUAUGCACAGUAUACCUGAAGCAUUCUUCAGUCCAAACCGACCGAAACCGCUCAGUUCUGAUGAUUUGAAAAAUAACCAACAAGUUUGCAAGAUUUCGUAUUAUUCCUCGCCCUCUGACCCUAGCAAGGAUUGCGUAAUGGUAACCUGCUACGCCACUGAAAAUGAACCAGAGACUACAUACAAAGCACGGACCGUAAUUGUCACCCCUCAAGUGAACAUACUGCGACAAAUCACUUUUGCGCCAAUUCGACCUGACGAAGAGGUCAAGAAAGCUCUUAGAAAGAAUCUUCAAGCAAUUGAAGACAUGUUUACAGGACCUUCCACAAAGAUUAUCCUGCAAACCAAGACCAGAUUCUGGGAAGAGGAGAAGUAUGGCAUCAAAGGUGGCUUUUCUAAGACCAACCUACCUAUCGGUCAAAUACAUUACGUAAAGCCCGAUCCUGACUAUCUCGCGUCCACCAAGCAAGGAAUAAUUCUGAUUUACACCUGGAAAAAUGAAGCACUGCUUUUUGGUUCCUUGACCAAAGAGCAAGCGAAGAAGGAAGCCAUUGAGCAAAUUUCAGAAAUCCACCCUGAAAUAGAAGGGGCAGUUGAAAAAUGCAUUGUCCAUGCUUGGUACAACCAACCCUCUUAUCAAGGUGCCUAUGGACUCUUGAAGACCACACAAUACAACAAUAUCAGGUAUUUGUGGGAGCCGAUGGGAAAUGUGCAUUUUGCUGGUGAAAACAUAUCAUUUACGGCUGGCUGGAUUCAAGGAGCUUUGGAAAGUGGCUUUAAAUCGCCAUAUCAAAUUUAUGCACGUCACAUGAAGAGAGUGAAGUUGGAAAAAGAGGGAAAGAUUAACUGAAUGCAUUUAUGAUUUUAGAUUUACGGUUAAAUAUACAUCAUAGUUACUUUCUUAGUUAAUUAGCAUGGGUCAUGAAUUCAUUCAAAAGUUAAAUUCCUCACGUUAAAUUGAUUAGUUGUUAUUGAUUGAAUUAUAAGCAAUUUUUUUAAAAAAGAUACCAUUUCUUGGUCUUUUCUAUCAAUAUAAACCUUUAAAAAAAUACAAAUCAAAGACGUCACCGUUGUCUAGGG